UUAUUAAUCAUGAAUUAAUUCUUAUGUUUUAUAUGUAUGCUUGUCCUUUAUAUAUGUUUUUAAAGAUUUUUGUUUUCAAAAUUAUUAACUCUUGGUAGCCUACCUUUCCUAUUAAGAGUUAUAAUAAAGAUUUGAAAAGAGAAGCUGUAAUCACAUUAAGACUUAGUGAGUAUAUCGAAACUAAAAUUUUGAAAUCUUCUAGUUCAGAAUCAAAAUUAAUUUCAUAUGUCAAAAAACACUGACUUCUGCAAUAAAUCAACAUUUGAAAGGAACCAUAUAUGAGAAGUAGUGUUGUGUUUUCUUCCUCAGUUCUCAUAUGGUGAUGGGAUCCAGCAGUCUUGAGACUGAAUAUACUAGGAUUAGGCCAUUGAAGGGAAAUGAACUGGAGGUUGUAUUUCAGAGUCUCUGCAAGGAAAACUCUGCUUCAGACUGCUAGUUUACAGAGUUUAAUUGGGUGGAAAUCUCUGGAUCUCUGGAUGUAUGCCCAGUACCAGCAUUUUAGAAAUUAUUCCAAUCUGACAGCCUGCAAAAAUCUUCACUUAAUUCCAUUCAGAUCUGUCCUCUGCUUUCCUCAUGGAAAACAUUUGCUGCAGAAGACUUCAGAAAGUAGCUUAAAAAAUACAAUGGACUUAUCUGGGAUAAGGGUCCAGGGAAUAAGGUUCUUGUCCCUAUCCACAUUCUCAAGAGUGGUUUUUGGAAUUGGUCAAGGAGGAAAUAAUGGUGGAAAUAAAAAGCUGAGCCUAAGAGAUGUGCUUGAACGCAUCCGGAAGAAAGAAUGCCACAGGAUAGUAGUGAUGGCUGGAGCAGGACUCAGUACGCCAAGUGGGAUUCCAGAUUUCAGGUCUCCUGGGAGUGGGCUAUACAGUAACCUUCAGCAGUACAAUAUUCCAUACCCCGAAGCCAUAUUUGAACUUAGCUACUUUUUCCAGAAUCCCAAGCCUUUCUUCAGGUUAGCUAAGGAGUUGUACCCUGGCAAUUACAGACCAAACUAUGCCCAUUAUUUUCUUCGACUUCUGUUUGACAAAGGGCUCCUUCUGCGCCUCUACACACAAAAUAUUGAUGGGCUGGAGAGAGUUGCUGGGAUUCCUCCAGAUAAACUAGUUGAAGCUCAUGGCACAUUUGCUUCUGCUACAUGUACUGUCUGUCGAAGAUCAUAUUCAGGAGAGGAUUUCAGGGGGGAUGUGAUGACUGACAAAAUUCCCAAAUGCCCUGUUUGCACUGGAGUGGUCAAGCCUGACAUUAUAUUCUUUGGAGAAGAGCUCCCUCAUCGGUUCUUCUUGCAUUUGGCAGACUUUCCUAUGGCAGACCUGCUUUUUAUCAUUGGAACCUCGCUUGAGGUGGAGCCUUUUGCUAGUCUGGCAGGAGCUGUCCGUGGUUCUGUGCCCCGUGUUCUGAUCAAUCGAGAUCUGGUGGGGCCAUUUGCAGUCCAGUCACGGCACAAUGAUGUAGCUGAACUGGGAGAUGUAAUCAGUGGAGUGGAAAAAGUGGUAGAACUGUUAGGCUGGAAAGAGGAGUUACAGCAACUAAUAAAAAAGGAAAAAGAAAAGGUAUGUCAUUUUGCUUUGAAAACUUUGCCUCUCACACUCUUUAUUUUGCUGGCUGAAGUUAUGAAAACAAUACAAUUAAGGAUAAGACUGUAAUUAAUAUAGACGACACAAUUGUUUUAUCCAUCAAACUAUUUAUCAUAGUGAUGUAGGGGUUUUUCCUUACAUUUGUUAUAGCCACCCAGUUCUAUGGGAUGCUUUCACUUUCCAUCUUGGGUAACUCAAGGGAAAUGACUAUGUCAUCUAUCCUAUGUGACUAUUUAUUGCAUUUUACGAUUUAUUUGAGUAACAUUUUGCUUUCUCAGAGUGAAACUUGAGAUUUGGAAACAAUAAAAUUAUAGUGUGGGUAUUCCUUGCAUAUCAACCACUCAUUCAAUGACCAAAGGUGCAGUAGAACUGAAUGAAUGGUACUUUAGUUCCUCUAAUUUCCUGCCAUUGCAGCGCCCUAGAGGAACACGAUUGUUAUUUGCUUGCUUGGCAACCAGCUCACACUCACAAAAGUUGCAGCAUCCUGCAGCCUCAUGAUUGCCAUUUGCACCUUCCCUACAGGCUUCUCAGAAGCAAAGACAAUGGGGAGUUGGCAUGGAAGGUUCUGGUCAGUCUCCCACCUUCUCCUCACUGCACCUCACCCUCCUUUUGGAUUCCCUGCCCUUGUAUCAACCUGUACCUUCCUUCCCUGUGUGUCACUAUACUCGUGUGAACCUGUGCCCCCUUCUCUUGGCCUCCCUGCACUCAGUUUACCACACCACACUCCCAACUCAUGUGCAGCCUGUGCCAAUUAUGUAAAAUGAGUAUCACUCUGUUUUGAGAGAAGGCCAUGCAGGUAUAUGUUAAACAUAUUUUGUCUGACCCAGAAUGAUAUGAUGCAAAACGCCAGUCCAUUGUGCUCAGGUUCAAGUAAAUAAAAGAAAGGAGAAAAAAAACACACCCAAAAGUUUGGUGGUUCGAAUCCCUAUUACAGGUCUCCUGCAUGAGCAAGCAGUUGGACUAGAUGACCUCCAAGGUCCCUUCUGACUCUUUUACUGUUUAAAAUUGGUUCUUGUGUUUAUUUUAUCAUUUCGCAGUAAUGUUUUUAACUACAAUCUCUACUUCCCCACUUACAUUUUGGGGGGGGGUGUCUCAACAAUUGGUGUGGGUUGUAAUAAUCCAUGUUUUUUGUA